AAAAUCAUUCAUAAUCACAACAGUUCAUCUAGUGUUUAGAAUACAAUAAGCUGAGUUUACUAAGUCUUAACGUUGCGAAAAUUCUUUCUGUGUGCAAAAUGCAUAAAGUUAAAAAUAUUUAUAAUAAAUAUUUCUUCAAAAAUGGCAAAGCCUUUACCGAGGAUUACGUGGUAGUGCGCCGUAUUCGUGUUACUUAUAUAACUAAUGUAGCAGAAUAUGAUUUACGAAAAUAUUUUCGCAAAUUUGGCGCAUUUGAACAAUUCGAAAUAACAGAUGAGAGCGAGACCGACCGAUAUAAAAAACUCUACACAUGCUAUAUUUGCUUCGUCGAACCGGAAGCUGCGUGCAGGGCGUUGCUUAUUGAAAAUCAUUUAGUUGAUAAGAAACGCAUAUUUGUUGAACCUGUGCACAGUUGGCAACAACCCGAUAAGGAUAAGGCGUGUAACCCCAUGGCAGAAGGCCAAGAAGAACACGAAAAUGUUGUCGAUCCGAAAGCAGCUUUAAAUAUUUUAAAAUUACCUGAAUAUUGCAUAGAAGCUAUUUUAGAGCAAAUGAAACCAGGCGAUCAAAUACGACUGUCACGCACACACAAAGGAUUUCGAUAUAUUUUUGAAGCCUUUUGCAGACGGGAGAUUAAAAAAUUCGAUUUGGAUGAAAUGCGAACCAUGACGUUGUGGGAAAUACGUGAUUUUUUAGAAAUAACAGGCAAAUAUUUGGUGAAAAUUAGUGGUUCCAUAAAUCACAAAUUUCGCGAGGAAAUAGUUGAUUUAUUAUCGAAACACUGUACGAAUUUGAAAAGUGUUACUCUCAAGGAUAUGAUUGGAAUGAAAGCAGAAUGUCUAAACAACUUCCUGAGACUGUUGCCAGAUUUGCAGGAAUUAAAUGUAACGCGUUGCGCUAUGAACGAUAAAUCAAUUAAAAUAUUGACUGCCAAAAAGAAAUUACAUUCAUUGCACUUGUACGACGUUGCCAAAAUAACUGGCGCACAGUUCAAACAUCUACUACAACUGGAGCAUCUCUCGCUCCACGACUGUUAUCAGGUUCUAGAACAAAAUAUAAGAUGCAUUUGUAAAUCAUUGACAAAUUUACGUACACUUGAUAUACGCGGCAUAGACCUGGAACUUUGUCCCAACUUUUUCCAAGAAAUGUCUACGCUUUGCCAGAAACUUGAGGUAUUGAAAACUACCGCAAUUGAUGAUAAAAACGAGAACGUCGCAUUAUUACCAGGCCUGAAACACCUCGAAAUCGUAUAUUCUCAACCCAACAAGAGGUUGACAGUACUGCCCAAACUGGUGCAACACAAAGCGAAUCAACUGGAGAUAUUGAAAAUAUAUUCUAGACAAUGCCUAACCGUGGAACAUAUCAAAAAGAUAUCACGUUUGGCAAAAUUGAAAACACUUUCCAUCGCUUUUAGUGGCGAUGCAUUGUCUAAUCUCGGCUUAGCUCAAUUGGGUCAGUUGAAGCAACUGGAAGACUUGACGAUUGCCGGUAGCGACAAAGUGACCAAUGAGGGUUUGUUGGGUUUGUUGAGAACAUGUCCGAAGCUGCACACAUUGAAUAUACAAUUUUGUAAACAAAUUACAAAUGAUUUCCUAACAGAAGUCAUAUACAUGGCACGCUUUCGAGGACGAAAAUUCACCAUUUCCACUUAUGGUACGUCGGUGGUGGAAAGCGCAAUAGUAGAGUGUCCAUCAUAUCAAUAUGUGACGAGGCGUUCUCUUUUAGAUGUAGAAUUUGAGUUUAAGGAGGUUGGCCUAGAGGAUUUUGAAGACGUUUUUGUACCUACUGAAUCUUUAUAAGUUUACAAACAUAUUUUUCUGCCAUGAAACUCAAGAUGCAAAACAUGAACAAAACAUUUUUUACACCUACAUUAAUUAUGUCAAAUAAUUUAUAAUGUUAUAUCAUACACACAUACAUA